AUGUCCGAGUCGGCUACUACGCCUCUUCGUUCUUCUCGUCCCUCGGCUCUCGAUCCGGCGCAAUCGACUCCGCCCCUGCCCACGAGCCCAUCCUCACCCGUUGCAGCACUGACCGAGUCGGCCAAGAAAGCGGUCUCGUUCGCUGCUGCCCCAGUCACGUCGGAACCUUCAUCGGCCUUGUCCUCGUCGUCAUCGCCAAUCUCGUCAGCCUCGAACGCGCUCUCGUCCUCGAUUCUGAACGCGACCUCAUCUUCUGCCUCUCCAUCAACGUCCAAGCACGCGUCCUUGUCCGACACGCGUUCCAACCCCGCGAGUGUCACGCCCCAACCCAAGCGCCGUCGAUCGUCCCUGAAAGCCGGCACCAAGAUGCCCGUCCAACCACCGCCAGAACAUUGGAAACACGCCGACCCGUUACUGCGUCGAUUGCGUCUACGUGACCCCCUCAACAAGGGCCACUAUGCGAACCUGCAGCACACCUUCCGCGAUGCCAAGGUCGUGCUCUUUCUGUUUGGGUCAGUAGGGCUCGCAUGCGCCCUCACUGCUCUUGAAACCCGGCUGAUGUUGUGCCCUGAUCGAUGCAUAGAUCGACAUGGCCUGGAAUGAGUAGAGAACCGUACCAGGUAGGGCCCAAUCCAUACGGCGUCAUCUCUCACGCUCGAACCCAUCUCUGACGCGAACCCACUCGACACCGCCCGCCACAUCCACAUCCACACCCUCCCCUAUCUCUUUGUCCCUCAGCUGGUCGAACGCUUCGCAAGGGAAAACCCACACCGGUGUAAAGUGGUCUACGUCUCGGUCGAUACCUCGGAGGCGACCUUCAACUCUCAGAUUCAGGGCAAACCAUGGCUAGCGAUGGAGUGAGUGCGGACCGUCGAUUCUGCCGAGCUUGGGCAUGAUCCUGAUCAGCUAGGCUCGACGUUCUGAUCGUUCCAGAUGGAACGACGGCUCGAACCUCUCCGAAGGCAGCGAUUCAAGUGACCACGGGGUGCCUUCCGAACCUUUCCUCCUCGCAGGCGACACCGAUCUCGAAGAAGACCUCCACCACAGCGACCCUCAAGGAUCCCUCUACACCCGACCUUAUUCGCGCGUCUUCUUGGCGGAGAAGCACGGCGUUUUAGGGGUGCCGAACUUGUUGGUCUACCAUUUGGAGAAGAGGGAGGUGUUGACGACGCAUGCGAGGUUCGAUUUGUUGAAGCCGGAACGGUGGCAGGGGACGUGGGAGAAGUGGGAGAGGGGGGAAAAGAUUAGCUUCAGUUUGGGCGGUGGGUAGUCGAAGUAUUGGGUGCUCAUGGUUCUUUAUCGGUGGACUGACGCGCGCUCAUUCAUCCACAGACGUAUUCGGAGCAAUGAAGUGGACACUGGCUUUCGCCGCGGCGGGGACGGCUUACCUCGCUGCGGUGCAUUUGGGUGGUGCACCGAAUCUGAUCCGUGGCUACACCGAAACCUUGUCACGAACGUUCUUGACGAGGGGCGCAUGA